CUCACUGUGACUUCUGCCUCAUGCCCCUGUUUCCCGCAGUUAUUCUGCCAUGUGCAGCGGCUCGUGCAAGCCUUCCUGAACCUGUACUCUGCGGGAAACAUGCUGUUCCGGACCUGGACUGCCGAGGUCUACUGCUGCCCCGGGAAUGGCAACUCCAUCUGCAUGGACUUCCACUUGGAGUUGGUAAGCCAGCUGGCAGAGAGUGGGGACGUCACCCAGCUCCUGGAAGCCCUCUGCAGGCAGAUGGAGCACUUCCUGGAUGACUGGAAGGAGCUGGUGAGCAGAAAACGCAGGGAGCACUUUUACCUCAACUUCUACACGGCCGAGCAGCUGGUCCUCCUGAGCACCGAGCUCAGGAAGCAGAGUCCCAGCAAAGCUGCCCUCAUGAUGCUGUCCUUCAUCAAAGACAACUGCACCCCAGCUGACGUCUUAAGGGCCACCGAGGGGUUCAAUGAGGCCCCCAGACACCACGUGAGGACAAUGAUGGAAAAAUUACCUCCAUUGCAAUCCACUGAGAUCAGCCUGGUGACCAAGCUGAGGGCCAUCAUGGAACAGUCCCUGGAGAGCAUGAGUGUCUUUCUGCCUGGCUGCCUGGACCUGGAGGCCCUGGGUCAUUGUCUGCGCCUGGCCAGGAUGGGCAGGCCUCCUGUGGAACAGUCACUCCCCUUGGGCCUGCAGGCUGGCCAGCCCAACCUGGUCUUAUGUGGCCACUCUGAGGUGUUGUUGGCUACCUUGGCCAUCUAUAUGCAGGCCCCAGGCCAGCCCCUGCCCACCUUCGAUGAGGUGCUACUCUGUACCCCGGGGACCACAUUUGAGGAGGUGGCCCUGUUCCUGCAUCGCUGCCCAGCCCCGGUUUCCCAGGGGCACAAGGUCUACAGCCUGCUGUUCGCAGAUCAGCUGAGCUAUGAGGUGGCCUGCCAGGCAGAGGCCCUCUUCCGCAGCCUGUGCACACAGUGUCCCCGGGAGGACUACCAGCUGGUGCUGGUCUGUGAUGCGGCACGGGAAUGCUGCUACCUGCCCUCAGCCUUCAGCCAGCACAAAGUCCACCUCAUCCCCCAGGCACCCCUCCAUGCCAUCCAGGACUACCUGGCACAUCACUACCAGGUCCCAGCACAGACCCUGUCCUCAGCAGCUGUGUUCAGAGACCAGAUGUGUGUGGGGAUCGUGGCCUCGGAGAGAGCGGGAGUUGGGAAAUCUCUCUAUGUGAAGAGAUUGCAUGAAAAACUGAAAAAGAAGUUAAACAGUGAAAAGGUCCCUUUAAAGAUUGUUCGGUUGACUGACACUCGGGUGGAUGAGGGCCGCGUCCUGGGCUCCCUCCUGUCUUUCUGGGAUUCUCAGUAUGGGAAAAAGCCCAUGAUAUUCCACUUUGAUGUGACUGCUUCGGUACAGUCUGGAACUUGGGUCUUUCUUUUCAAACUCCUCAUUUUACAAUACCUAAUGGAUACAAGUGGGAAAAUGUGGCUUCAGAAUCCGUGCCAUUUAUAUAUCAUUGAAAUUACAGAAAGAAAUUUAGUGCAGUCAAGGAGGUCUUCAAAGCAGAAUCCACAUGUCCCCCAGUUCAGUUUUCUUGAUAUCUUCCCCAAAGUCGCCUGCAGACCUCCCAGUGAAGUGAUAGCCAUGGAGCUGAGCCCUGAGAGGAGCGUCAUAGAGCCUGGAAUGGAUGAGAGAGAGUUCCAAAGUGCCACUUUCCAAAGACCUUACCAAUAUUUAAAACGAUUCCAUCAGAAAGAAAACCUAGACACAUUUCACUAUCAAGAAGGCUCUGUUGAAGGUACCCCAGGGGAAUGCAUCCAGCACCUACUCAUAUACUGCGGGGUCAUCAACCCCUCCUGGUCAGAACUCUGGAAUUUUGCUCGGUUCCUCAACUGUCAGCUCAAGGACUGUGAGGCCUCUCCAUUCUGCAAUCCAGGAUGUACUGAAGACGCACUACGGGGCUUCAAGAACUUUGUGGUCACCUUCAUGAUCUUCAUGGCAAGAGACUUUGCCACACCAACACUUCAUACCUCUGACCAGAGCCCUGGGAAGCACACGGUCACCACGGAUGGUGAAGAUGAAGAAGAGCUCGCCCCCUUCACUCUCCGGAGGAGGUGGGAGUCAGAGCCUCACCCAUAUGUGUUCUUCAGUGGUGACCACAAGACCAUGACAUUCAUAGGCUUCCAUCUCCGGCCCAAUGAGAAUGGCAGCGUUGAUGCCAUCAACCAUCUCAAUGGGAAGAUAAUCAAGAAAGAUGUCAUGACAGAAGAACUGUACAUAAGGCUGUUGCUUCAAGGCGUGCCCUUCAAUGUUGACUUUGAUAACCUGCCCAGACACGAGAAAAUCUUGAGACUCUGCCGGCCACUAGGAAUUUCUUGGGCCCUGGACCCUGAUGAAACAUAUGAGCUAACAACAGACAACAUGCUCAAGAUUCUGGCCAUUGAGAUGCGGUUCCGCUGUGGGAUCCCAGUUAUCAUCAUGGGAGAAACAGGCUGCGGGAAAACCAGACUCAUUAAAUUCCUUAGUGAUCUGCGGCGUUGUGGUGCCCAGGCUGAGACCAUGAAGUUGGUCAAGGUUCAUGGAGGAACAACUGCAGCCAUGAUUCACUCCAAAGUCUUGGAGGCUGAGAAAACUGCCUUCUCCAAUAAGGACCAACACCAGUUGGACACCAUCUUGUUCUUUGACGAAGCCAACACAACAGAAGCCAUAAGCUGUAUUAAGGAAGUCUUGUGUGACCAGACCAUGGAUGGCCAGCCACUGGAGGAGGGCUCAGGCUUGCACAUCAUAGCUGCCUGCAACCCUUACAGGAAGCACUCUCAGGAGACCAUCUGCCGUUUGGAGUCAGCUGGUUUGGGGUACAGGGUCAGUGCAGAGGAAACAGCAGACAGGCUGGGCUCCAUUCCCCUCAGGCAGCUGGUGUACCAUGUCCAUGCCCUGCCCCCGAGCCUGAUUCCUCUGGUGUGGGACUUUGGGCAACUGAAUGACACUGCUGAAAAGCUCUACAUCCAGCAGAUUGUGCAGAGACUGGUGGACCACGUCAGGAUCAACAAGGAGGAGACUCGUGUGAUCACGGAAGUGCUCUCUGCCUCCCAGAGAUUCAUGAAGAACACUAAAAGUGAGUGCAGUUUCAUCAGCCUCCAGGAUGUGGAGCACUGUGUGAAGGUGUUCACAUGGUUUCAUGGCCGCAGCGAGAUGCUCUUGGUGAAGCUAAACACCUUUCUCUGUGAGACCAGUGUCAGCAAAAAUAACUUCAGGAGAGACCCCGUCCUCUGGUCCCUAGUGAUGGCUGUGGGGGUCUGUUACCAUGCCUCCCUAAAGGAGAAGGAGUCCUACCGCAGAGCCAUUUGCAGGUAUUUUCCAGAACCAUAUGACAACAGCGGGGUCAUCCUGGACGAGAUCACACACGCACAGGAUCUUUUCCUGAGUGGGGUGCCUCUAAGGAAAACCAUAGCCAGGAACUUGGCUCUGAAGGAGAACGUCUUCAUGAUGAUCAUCUGCAUUGAGCUGAAGAUACCCCUCUUCCUGGUGGGAAAGCCCGGAACCUCCAAAUCUCUCGCCAAGACCAUAGUGGCAGAUGCCAUGCAGGGCCAGGCCGCACACUCCACUCUCUUUCGCAGCCUAAAGCAGGUCCACCUGGUGUCAUUCCAGUGUAGCCCCCACUGCACCCCACAGGGCAUCAUAAACACCUUCAAGCAGUGCGCUCGCUUCCAGCAGGGGAAGGACCUGCAGCAGUACGUGUCUGUGGUGGUGUUGGAUGAGGUUGGCUUGGCAGAAGAUUCCCCAAAAAUGCCCCUGAAGGCUCUACACCCACUGCUGGAAUAUGGGUGCAUUGAAGGUGAUCCUGCCCUCCACCAAAAAGUCGGCUUCAUAGGUAUUUCCAACUGGGCCCUCGACCCUGCCAAGAUGAACCGGGGCAUCUUUGUGUCCCGCGGCAGCCCCAGUGAGAAGGAGCUCAUAGAGAGUGCCAGAGGGAUCUGCUCUUCAGACAGCCUGGUGCAGGACAGGGUCCGAGGGUACUUCGCUCCUUUUGCCAAGGCCUAUGAAACAGUGUGCAGCAGGCAGAACAAGGAAUUCUUCGGGCUUCGCGACUACUAUAGCCUCAUCAAGAUGGUCUUCGCCACCGCCAGAGCAUCUAACAAGAAGCCUUCUCCACAGGAUAUUGCACAGGCAGUCCUUCGGAACUUCAGUGGCAAAGAUGACAUUCCUGCUUUGGACAUCUUCAUGGCCAGUUUACCUGAGGUCAGGUACGUAGGAGAGCUCAGGACCCUGGAGCUCAUCAAGCAGAACAUUUUCAGGGAUAUGAAGACGGCAGCAGUGGGGGAGCUGGAAGAAGCUGAAUCCCGCUACUUGCUCGUGCUGACCAAAAACUACAUGGCCCUGCAGAUCCUGCAGCAGUUAUUCUUCAGUGAGGACCAGCAGCCCGAGAUCAUCUUUGGUUCCAGUUUUCCCCGGGACCAGGAGUACACCCAGAUCUGCAGAAACAUCAACCGGGUGAAGAUCUGCAUGGAGACCGGCAAGAUGGUGGUGCUGCUGAACCUGCAGCACCUCUAUGAGAGCCUGUAUGAUGCGCUCAACCAGUACUAUGUCUACCUCGGGGGUCAGAAGUAUGUGGACCUCGGGCUUGGCACCCAUCGCGUCAAGUGUCGGGUCCACCCUGACUUCCACCUGAUUGUCAUCGAGGAGAAAAAUGUGGUGUACGAGCAGUUCCCCGUGCCCCUCAUUAACUGGCUGGAGAAGCACUACCUGGACCUCAGCUUGGUGCUGCAGGGGUGGCAGAAGAGCAUCGUGCAGGAGCUCACGCAGUGGGCAGAGGACUUCGCUGACGUGAAGGCCCAUCAGUUCCUGGCUGGGCACAAGUACAGCCCUGCUGACGUCUUCAUCGGCUACCACUCUGAUGCCUGUGCCUCUGUGGUGCUGCAGGCUGUGGAGAGGCAGGGCCCCAGGGACCUGACACAGGAGCUAUACCACAGAGUAUCUGAGGAGGCCAAGCUGAUCCUGCUGGACUGUGCCACACCAGAUGCUGUGGUGCGGCUGAGCACCUCCACGCUGGGCUCAUUUGCUGCACAGACACUGUCUCAGGAAUACUGGAACAAGCAGCAGCAACACUCCUUUGCAGAUUUCCUCCAGGCCCAACUUCGCAAUGCAGACUCAGAGCGCCAUGCCAUCUUUACAGAGGUCACCACCUUCUCCAGACUGCUGACGAACUGUGACUGCGAAGCUCUAGGGGCAGAGGUGCAGGGCUUGGCCCCUAAGCCUGUGAUCCUGUCACUGCAGCAGUUUGACACUGAGUACUCAUUCCUCAAGGAAGUCCGAAGCAGCUUAAUGAAGACAGACAGACGUAAAAUCCUCAUUGUCCAGAUAGAUUUUGAUGAUGGCGCUCACAGUGCUCAGCUCAUUGCAUCAGCUAAGUAUUCUGCUAUCAAUGAAAUCAACAAAAUACAACGAGCUGAGGGCUGUGUCUUUGUCUAUUUCAUCGUAAAACUGUCCCGGAUGGGGAUCGGAGCAUCCUAUGUGGGAUUCCACGGAGGGCUGUGGCGGUCUGUGCACAUUGAUGACCUCCGGAGGUCCACAGUCAUGGCCUCUGACAUGACUAAGCUGCAGAGUGUCACCAUCAGCCAGCUGUUCAUGCCAGGAGGCAGCCUGAAGUGUGAGUUGCAAGGUGGCAGAAAAGGCAACCAGGAGGAGGUGAUGGAGGCAGAGACCAGCAAGUCAGGGGAGGUGGCAGAAAUGGAAAUGGAAGAGGAAGGUCCCAAGGAGAUGGAGCGGGAGGCUAUGGACCUGAUGGGCAGUGAUGCACAGGUCCUGGACACCACCAGACUAGUGAGGAGCUGUGUGCAAAGUGCCGUGGGGAUGCUCCAGGACACGGAGAGCUGCACACGCAACAUGAGGAGAGUCACCAUCCUCCUCAGCCUCUUGAAUGGGGACAGUGUGUGCAGUGCCUCAUUCUUGUGGAUAUCCAAGAUGCGCCUCUCCGUCCUUCUGAAGAAACAAGAAGAGAACCAGCUCUGCAGUCUGAAGGAGUGGGUGGGACGAGAGGCUGCGAACCAGGAUGCGCUCCAGGAGGCGGGCACCUUCAGGCACGCCCUUUGGAAGCGGAUCCAAAGCGCAGUCACUCCUCUGCUGGCCAGCAUGAUCUCUCAUGACAAAGAUGGCAACCUCGAGCUUCUGAUCAGAUCACCAGCCUGGGCCCAGGACCUGUGGAUAUUUAUUUUCAGUGACACCAACUUACUGAACAUUCCGCUUGUGAUGAGAGACAUGAGAUCCAAGAAUGAGAUGUCCUCCAUCGUGGUGCAGAACCAUAUGAGCGUUCCUGAGGGUGCUUGCAACAGUGUCCCCUUCAGCUGGAGAAUCAGGGACUAUGUGGAAGAGCUCUGGGUCCAUGCCCAGUACAUCAUGGAUGUAAAAGGACGGUCAGAGAAGUUAGUGGAAGUCUUCCAGCAGACUCCCCUGGGCAUGUUUCUUGCCCAGUUCCCCAGAGAUCAGCAGCAGGAGCUGGUUCAAUGCUACUUGAGGGACUUCCUGCUCUUGACCAUGAGAGAGUCCACCUGGGAGAAGCUGAAGUUUCUGCAGAUGGCCCUGUGGUCCUGUGUCUGUGAGCUGCGAGCAGCCUCAGGGAGGCCCGAGGAAGGGCUCUGCCUGCCGUGGGUGCACCUGGCCUAUCAGCAUUUCAGGACCCGGCUGCACAACUUCUCCAGAAUCUUGACCAUCCACCCGCAGGUUCUGCAGAGCCUCACUGAAGCUGUACAGAAGCACGACAUGGCUGGCAGUGAGAUGACACUAGAUGUGUUGGCUGCAAUGGCCUGUGCUGAAAUGCUGACAAGAGACACCCUGAAGCCGAGUCCCCGGGCCUGGCUGCAGCUGGUGAAGAAGCUGUCCAUACCACUGGAGCUUGUCUGCUCAGACGGGUACAUGCAAGACAGCGGGAGCACAGCCAGAGCUGUCACUGCGGAGGUCAGAACGCAGUGGAAUCGGGUUUUCUCCAUUGCACUCUUUGUGGAGCACGUGCUCCUGGGGACCGAGAACCAGAUUCCUGAGCUGUGCCAGCUGGUGACCAAGUACAUCUUCUCACUAGACAAGUGUCUUCAAGAGAACUCUGACCUCAAGACCCACAGGCCUUUUGUGGCUGUGAUGACCACUCUCUGUGAAUGCAAGGAGCAAGCCAGCAAGAGCCUGGCCAGGUUUGGAGUGCAGCCAUGCCUCAUCUGCCUGGGAGAUGCUCAGGAUCCUGUGUGUCUGCCCUGUGGCCAUGUGUGCUGCCUGCCUUGCAUCAAGAUCUGGCUCAUCCCUGGGCAGAUGACUUGCCCUUACUGUUCAACCAACCUGCCGGACAAUUUCUCUGUGACAGUUUCCCAAGAGCACAGGGUGGCCAUUGAGAAACACGCCCAGUUCCGGCAGAUGUGCAACAGUUUCUUCAUGGAUGUGGUGUCCACCAUGUGCUUCAAGGAUAGUACCCCUCCUCAGAAGAGCGUGAUUGACGAGCUGCUGUCUCUACUCUUUGUGCGGAAGGAGCUUUUGAGAGAUGCUCCCCAACGAUACCGGGAACACACCAAGUCUCUUUCGCCAUUUGAUGAUGCUGUGGAUAAGACUCCUGUCAUCCGCUCCGUGGUGCUGAAGCUGCUCCUGAAGCACAGCUUCCAAGCAGUGAAAGAUUACAUCCAGGCCUACUUAUCCCUGUUAGAGAAGAAGGAGUUCAUCACUGAAGAUAAGACUGAACUCUACAUGCUCUUCAUCAACUGCCUAGAAGAUGCAUUCUUGCAGAAGACCAGUGCUUACUGGUCUUCUCAUGAAUUGAGUGAACUCGACUGCCUGAGGGAGGAAGGCCAUUUCCUACAGACCUGCUCCUCAGGGAGACAAGGCCAAGGACCUACCAUUUUGGCGUCUGUCGAGUACCUGCAGGAGGUGGCCAGGACCCGCCUGUGUCUCAACAGGGCUUCUGACCUCCUCUUGGAGCUUCAGGAAGGAUCAGAGCUGGCUGAGGAACAGCAGUGCUACCUGCGGCACGUCCAGCAGUUCUGCACCCAGGCAGGGAACGACUGGCACCGCGUGUACCUGGUCCGGAGGCUUGCGAGCCUGCGUGGGAUGAAAUUUGUGCAAAACCUCUCCAGGGAGGGCCAUAGGUGCCAGUGGGUGUUUCCCAAGGAAGUCAUUGCACAGCAGAAGGACCACACGGGCCAGAUGGACCAAUACCUGGUGCAUGGGGACGAAUACAAGGCACUUCGUGAUGCAGUGGGCAAAGCCAUGCUCGAGUGCAAGGCCCCCAGCCUCGAGGCUGCUCUGAUGGCCUGCAGGAGCCCUGGAGCUCAACAGGCCGUCUACCUGCUGCUGGCGCUGUUCCGAGAAGUGGCUGCUCUCCACUGCUCCCACAACUCGAACCUCCACCCUAAGCCACAGCAAUGUGAGGCUGUGAGCAGGUUCACUGAGGACAGCAGGAUCCUGUCUCCUCCGGGGGUCAGGCCUUUCGCAGCAUCCCUCGUGGCCAACACUCUGCCCUUGCUGAGCGCGGGCCCUGGUGCUGACAGCCUUGAAGGAACAGUGACAGAAAUGGCCAUUCACACUGCGGCUGUCCUUCUGUGUGGACAGAACAAAGUCUUGGUGCCCCUGAGGAACUUGGCCUUCUCCCCAGCCAGCAUGGUGAAUGCUUUUCUUCCAACAAUACCUGAAGACCUGCUGGCUCAAGCCCAGAAGUGGGAGGGUCUGGAAGGCGUCCAAUGGUAUACUUGUCCCAAUGGUCAUCCGUGUACUGUAGGAGAGUGUGGCAGGCCGAUGGAGCAGAGCUCCUGUGUUGAGUGCGGUGCUGUAAUUGGAGGUGUCGACCACAGACCUCACACAGGCUUCGAAACCAUCAAAGACAGCACAGACAGAACCAAGACUGGCCAUGUGCUGGGCCACCCACAACCCAGAGAUGUCAUAGUGGUGUCUGACCGAGAGCUGUCCCCGGUCGUCUUCAUUCUCAUGUGCCUACUCACUCAUCUAGCUAUGCUUUUGGAAGCCACCCAAAAUCCUGAGACUGUGAUAAACAUCAUCAAGCCUCCAGUGAGUGACCCUAAAGGAUUCCUGCAGCAGCACAUCCAGAGAGACUUGGAGCAGUUGACAAAGACACUGGGGAAGAGUGCCGACGAGACCACCCAUGUGGUCCACCUCAUGCUGCGCUGGCUUCUCAAAGAGCAGCACCCACUCCCUGACCAGAGGCAUUUAAAUUUUGAUGAAGAAUCGUCAACCAAAGAACAGAGAAACAAUUGGGAAAAACACAUCAAAGCUCUUCUUCUCCCUGAACUGGAGCAUCUAGAUAAGGCCCUGCUGACUGUGAGCAUGCUUAUUAGCCAGGAUGAGCGCAUCAGCUCCAACCCCGUGGCCAAAAUCAUAUAUGGUGACCCAGCAAGCUUCUUGCCCCAACUGCACCAGAAAAGUGUGGUUCAUUGCUCAAAGAUUUGGAGCUGCAGGAAGAAGAUCACAGUCGAAUACCUUCAGCACGUUGUGGAGCAGAAGAACGGCAAGGAGGUGGUACCCGUGCUCUGGCAGUUCCUGCAGAAGGAGGCAGAACUGAGACUGGUGAAAUUCCUGCCUGAGAUUUUGGCCCUGCAAAGGGAUCUAGUGAAACGAUUCCAGAAUGUUCCAAAAGAUGAAUACUGUUCCAUCAAGAGUUUUAUUAGCAGUCACAGUUCAGAUGGGCUAAGGAAGCUAUUCCGCAACAGGAUCACCAUCUUCCUGUCCACGUGGAAUGCCCUGAGGCAAUCACUGGAGACCAAUGGUGAAAUCAAUUUACCUAAAGACUACUGCAACUCCUACUUGGAUCUGGACACAGAUUUUGAAGUCAUCUUGCCCCGGCGUCAGGGCCUAGGUCUCUGCUCAACUGCAUUAGUCAGCUACUUGAUUAACCUUCACAAUGAAAUUAUCUACACAGUGGAGAAGUUCUCCAAGGAAAACAGCAGCUAUUCCGUGGAUGCCUCGGAGGUCACUGACCUGCAUGUUGUCAGUUACGAAGUGGAGCAAGACCUGAUUCCACUGAUUAUCUCCAACUGCCAGUAUCAAGUGGAGCAAGGUGGGGAGACGUUGCAGGAGUUUGACCUGGAGAAGAUCCAGCGGCAGAUUAGCAGCCGCUUCCUCCAGGGCAAGCCCCGGCUGACCCUCAAGGGGAUACCCACGCUGGUAUACAGACAUGACUGGAACUUCGAACAUCUCUUUGUGGACAUCAAGAACAAAAUGGCACAGAGCCCCCUUCCCCACUCAGCAAUGAGUACCAUCAGUGGAGAGCUUCAGUCCUACAGCAGUGCCUGUGAAGCCCUGUCUGUCAUAGAGGUCACUCUGGGCUUUCUAGGCACAGCUGGUGGGGAUCCAAAUAUGCACCUGAAUGUGUAUGUCCAAGAAAUCCUGCGAAUGGAUGACCAAACAACUCCAGUUUUAAAGGCCUUAAGCAGAUGUCAGUUAAAGCAUGUCAUUGCCCUCUGGCAGUUCCUCUCUUCUUUUAAGUCAGAACAGCUACUGCGACUGAAGAAAGAUCCCUUUCGGGAAAUCAGUUCUAGGUACAAAGCAGAUCUCAGCCCAGAAAGUGCUAAGCUCCUCAGCACCUUCUUGAAUCACACAGACCUAGAUGCUUUCCUCAUGGAGCUACAUGAGCUGAUGGUGUUGAAACUAAGAAACAUCCAGACCCAGGACAGCUUCAACCCUGAAUGGAGCCUGAGGGACACUCUGGUGAGUUACAUGGAAACUAAAGAGAGCGAAGUUCUUCUGGAAGUGGAAUCCCAGUUCCCAGAAGAGAUACUGCUGGCCAGCUGCGUCUCUGUGUGGAAAGUGGCAGCUGCACGGAAACAGGACCGGCAAGCAAAAUAGGAUUCUCUACUCUGUCUCUGUGUGCUGCGGACACAGCUCCCCUCCCCUCCACUGUGCCUCUGGGGGCACCUGGAAGGAAAGAGUUGGCACAGCACUGAAUUCAAGGCCAGCAUACACUGUGCCAGCUGAUGGCUUUUUUGAGAGCCAGGCUGUUUCUGGAACACAUGAAGAUCCAGAACUUUCACUUUAUAUUAUGAAUAUCAAGUGGUGAGAAUGGCAGUUAGUUGAAACUAGAAAUCAACCACCAUCCUAUGCAUUGAAGGAGCAACAGAAAGGAAGAGUCACAAUAGGGGUCACACCCAGCAAUGACCUGUGUUAGGCCUGCAGCCUGUUCCUCGUGCUUCCUCAUGUUGCCAUACAGAGGCCGAAUGCAGGGGUUUUGGUGUCUUUUCUUCCCUAUGAUAUUCUGCACACACAGAAGAGAAUCUGAUUUUCUUCUCUCUCCCAGUCCCUUAAAUUCUGAAUACUGUACUCAUAUUUCUUGAGUUCCAAGUUGUGAAAAUAAUACCACACUUUUUUUGUCUUCUCACUAACAUGAGGAAAGCCAGGGGGUCCGCACAUGAGACUCCACUGUAAGUCACUGCUAGAUUCCAAAGGGUCAGAGCCAACAACUCUGGAGAGCAUGAGACUUGGGACGCUGCUUGGGUUUUGGUUUCCCCAUGAAUAAAAUGGAAUUGACUGACAGCCAAAGUGCUUUCCAGUUCUCAUAUCUUGAGAUUCUAAAUGAAAGUUUGUCAUUGUCAGCAUGGAUCAGAGGCAGGCUCUUAGAGAUGGCAUGGGGAGUUUUUGGCUUUGCACUGCAUAAGCAUGAAGUCUUGGUGUGAUCUCAGCUUCCCUGAGUAUGUGCAUUCCUGGUCCUUUCUUUGGGUCUCAACCACACCAGAAAAACUAAGACUCAGAGUGAGUACAAAACCAGUUCCGUUUCUGGAAUGGGAAAAUAAACAAGGAGAGAUCUGAAUUACAGUGGAUGGGGUAGAGAGAGAAGAUGGGAGGGGAGGGAGGGGGGAUGGUAGAGGAUAGGAAAGGUAGCAGAAUACAACAGUUACUAAUAGGGCAUUAUGUAAAAAUGUGGAUGUGUAACUGAUGUGAUUCUGCAAUCUGUAUUUGGGGUAAAAUUGGGAGUUCAUAACCAAC